AAAGUUAGAAUCUCUCCCCGUGAACCCGGAAUUGGUUGAAAUACAGAACAGAGGUGGCCGAAACUUGGGAGCCUCCAUGUCCAUAUGCCACAACACUUCAUACCAGCCCGCAACUCCAGGCAUCGGAUAGCAUGCUUCGCUCUCUACCGCGCACUCCUACGACAAGCCCCGCUCAUCCCUCUCCCCGAUGACCUAGCCACUUCCCGGGGUCCCGUCAGCCCAAUCAAGCACCUAAUCCGACGAGCCUUCCGCCGAAACACCUCCGUCACUAGCCCUCGCCUUGUGUAUCCUGCCCUUAAGGCGGGGUACCAGAUCCUCGGCCUCCUCCAAUCCGCCACCUCGUCUUCCCUCGAGAGCCCCAACGCUGACCACACCUCUAUAUUAUCAUUCCUCCGUGAUCGUCAUGACGAGCGCAGCCGCUCUCUUGCUGCAAAAGCCAUACACCCCCCCUACAGCCGCACUCCACCCAAACCGUCCUCUGGCCCGUGGCCAAGUGCAGAACCUCUCCUCGUAAACGUAACGCCUGCGCCUACACCCCAGAACCCUAACCCGAAACCUGUAUUCGCAAUCCCAUCACGGCCGCGGCCCGCAUCCGAACUCGGCGGCUCCGGACGGCGGCGCAUACCGCAUAUAGAUCUAGCGUCGGAUAUCCCAUUCCUACGUACCAAGAAGCCCCAGCCGAUGUAUCUGAGCCAUAUCCUGAGACACAGGAUCCGCAAGCGCGUCCAGCGCUUAGAGAACGUACAAUCGUUAUAUGAGAAUGACAUACCCGCCGCAGAGCUCGAGGACAACUGGGAAUGGAUGAUGGGUGCAAUGUUGCUUGAGCAGAGAUCAGCGCGAGAAAGGGGAGAGCGGGAUGAGGGUAAUAGACGAGAUAAUGAUACUCGUUUGAAUAUAAGAUCUAUCGAAGCAGAUGCUGCACGGGGCGAAUUCCGGAAUGAGACAUUCCGGCAGACAGUCUACAUUCAGGGCAUCAUAUACGCGCAAAAUGUGCUAAAUCGCGAACGGGAGGAGCAGGUCGCGCGGGCAGACGCCAUGCGUAGGUUGAUUGUAGAAGAAGAGAAACUAGCUAAGCAGGAAAAGGCGGAGAGGGAUGCUAACAGGAGGAAGCAGUGGGAGUCCAAGAUGCAAGAAUUGCACGGCGCAAUGUGGAAGGAGCUCUUCCCAAAUCUGGAUGGAGAAGAUAGCUCGAGUGUCUAGCUAAUAUCCCGGACGGCCAUCUCACCACGUGAAAUAUAAAAUACGCCCAAGUACCCAACCUAUAUAAGUGAUGGUCUCCCCUAUAUAGACACACAUACCCCUUCCCUAUUAUUUACACAUAAUAACUAAUAGCACUCUGUGUCCCAUGUUGAGUAAAG